AUGAGUUCGAACGAGAAUGAAGGGGUGAACUUUGAACUCUACCGCUAUACACCAUCUCUGGUGGCAGCAAUUGUUUUCAUUGUUCUGUUUGUCCUUGCGACUUCCUACCACCUUUACCAAGUUGUUCGUACACAAUUCUGGUACUUUACCAUCUUCGUCGUUGGAGGAGCCUUUCAAAUAAUAGGUUACAUUUGCCGGGCGCUCGCCCACAACGACAAAGAAAACAUCCCAAUAUAUUCAGUUGGCACGAUCAUGAUUCUUCUUGCUCCUCCUCUCUAUGCAGCAUCCAUAUACAUGACCCUGGGUCGACUCAUUGUGCACUUGGACGCCGAGAGCUUGAGUCUGGUGCCAGUAAAAUGGCUUACUGCAAUCUUCGUCACAGGGGAUGUGAUCGCGUUUGUGAUGCAAGCAGCAGGCGGCGGAAUCAUGGCAAGCGGAACUCUUAGCGCGAUGGCCACUGGCGAGCACAUCACAAUUGGCGGUCUUGCCGUACAAUUAGUGUUCUUCAGUGUGUUUAUCAUAGCUUCUUCAAUCUUCCAUUACCGGAUUCGGAAUGCUCCGACUGAGAAGUCUAUUGGCCGAUCUCGGUCUCGCUCAAGUACUUGGGAAGCCGUCAUGACCGGGCUGUAUGUGGCCAGCGUUCUCAUUCUCAUUCGGUCAAUUUUCCGAUUGAUCGAAUACGCUCAAGGCAACGAUGGAUAUCUCAUCAGCCAUGAGGUAUUUAUGUAUGUCUUUGAUUCGAUGCUCAUGUUCUUCACUAUGAUUGCAAUGAGCAUUUUCCACCCCUCGAAGGUUCUCUCUCAGCCAUCGAGACUACGACGCUCGACAGCAGUCUAG